AUGGAAAACGAAAAAUCCACGUCUAGUAAAAAAGAAUCCAAUUCAUAUCCUUCCAAUAAUGCAAGAACAAAAUUUUUUCCGAUCAGUGUAUUUGUUCUCGUUAUAUCUGUAAUGAUUUAUAGAGUUUUUACUUUUGGACCUUUUGCGCCAUUAUCAUGUCGAUUAUUAAGAAUAGGAUGUCUUAAUAUGACAGUGCAAGGAGAUGUAUCACCAGAAUUUAUUGAUGUAAAAAAAGCAUUCGUAAAAAUUUUUGAAAGUGGUGAAGAAGUUGGAUCAAGUCUUGUAGCAUAUUAUAAUGGUAAGCUAGUGGUGGAGUUAUAUGGUGGAUAUGCUGAUCUUGAGACAAAGCGUGAAUAUGAUAAGGAUACUUUGCAAAUUGUUUAUUCUUCCAGUAAAGUUAUGGUAUAUAUAUAUAUAGAUCGAGGACUUCUUAAUUAUAACGAAAAAAUAUCCAAAUAUUGGCCAGAAUUUGCUCAAGGUAAUAAAGAGAAUGUUACGCUUCUGGAUCUAGUAAAUCAUCGAGCUGGAGUAACCUAUCUUGAAACACAAUUGACAAAAUCCGAUUUAGAAGAUCUUGAUAAGUUAGCAAAAAUUCUCGCAGCUCAACCACAUAUAUUUGAUGGAGUUACUGCUCGCGCAUAUCAUGCGGCAACUCGUGGAUGGUAUUUAAAUGAAAUUGUUCGUAGAGUAGAUCCAAAACGUCGUACUAUGGGACAAAUUAUCUCUGAAGAAAUUAUGAAGCAAUAUGAUUUAGAAUUUUAUUUUUCAUUGCCAUCAAAUCUCGUGCCAAGAGUUUCAACGUUAUAUUAUGCACCUAUUACUGAAAAUAUUAGCCGUAUGCGUCUUAUUUUAUUAGAUUGGUUGUAUAAGAAGAGAUCGGAAUCUUUUAUUAUAAAUAAAAAAUCUAUAAAACAAAAAGAUUUGAUGAUGAAAGCUUUUAAUAAUACAAUUCCUGGUCUUCCUCAUAUUCUUGAACUUAAAGAAGUUACAAAGUUAGAAGCGAUCACCUUUGAAUGUCCAAGUGUUACUGGAUUUAGCAACGCAAAAUCAAUGGCCAAACUGGGAGCCAUUAUUACAAAUAAUGGACAACCUCUCAAUAAUGAUGGCAGUUCUAAUAAACCUCUUCUUUCAAAAAAUACAGUUGAUCUCAUUUCUACUAAAUUACCAGUAGCUUUGGAUCAUAUUAUUGGACUAAAUUUUACACCUGCAAUCGGUGGAUUUGCAUAUCUUAAACUUCCUGGUAUUGAAGAUGUAGAAUUCUUAGGAUGGGGAGGAUUUGGCGGAAGCAUGUUCAUAUGGAAUCGUGAACUAGGAAUCUCAAUUGGUUAUGCUAUGAAUGCCCUUAGGAUGAGUACAAUCGGGGAUAAAAGAGUUUGGGGUAUGUUGAAAGAAAUUGUGAAUGUUGUCAAGAAAUUAAAAAAAGAGCAAUCUGAAAAUUCAUCUUCAAAGAAGUAA